CGAUAGAUCAUAGCCCAACCCCCAACCAUAUUUCAUUAUGUACCUCUUUGCAUCUCUCCUCAUGCACUCUUCCGUCUAUCUCUACCUAAAAAUCACCAACUUGUACUACUUGUGCUGUUGAACAAACAAUUGGCCAACUUGUUCAAACGGAAUUGUCGCCGUCGCCUUUAGCACGACAACCCGACAACCCGACAGGAUCAAGUAUGAAUUCCAAUAAUUUCAGCCCUAACUACGUCGAUCCAAAUCGACCAAAUACUUCUUAUAGAGCCAACAUACCCGACUCUGACGUCUCUCCCCCAACGACAGCGUCGCAAGAUCUUAACUCACGACCCGGGCACAACACGACUACCCGAGAGCCUUCACCUCCGUCCUCACAGGAGACCGCUGUGCCUUACGCGCCCACUCCUCCGUCGGCGCCUUCCGCUCUUUCAGCGUCCUCCGAGUCAGAGAUCUACGGUCCCAACCGACUUUUCGGGCCUCCGCUUACGGCACCGGAGAAUGCUGAUCGCUCCCUGAUACCAAGCCCGGAUGCCCGCUUGAGCCCGCAAUAUCCAGCUAUAGCAAUGUUUCGAGACGCAUCCUCUGCAGAUGAAUUUAAAGAUGACCUGGCCAGAGCUGCCGGUGUCGUGACCCCUGGUGUUGAUGAUACCCCUUAUAUUCAAUAUGCUCUAGAUGCCCUCACUCGAGAUCGAGGAGCGUCAGGAUACCCUUCGUCUAGUAGCGAUGGAUCACAGCAACCCCCGUACCAUUUCACGCCCACUGCGGUACCUCCUCCUUUCAGACCACCUUCGAUCCAAUUGCCCCGACAAGCCGCUGGAGGCAAUAAUGAUCCCCAACAAUGGCCUUUAGUUCCAGGCCCUCGUGUUAUUGCCCUACCCCCAAACACCACCGCAGAGGAUUUACAGCAGGGAUGGCCAGAGCAGCCGCCUCGAGCUGGAUUAGAAAGACAGCCUAUUUGGGAUGUGUUUCCGGAUAUAACCGCUGAAAAUGAAGCUUUUAAAAAUCGCCGAGACCAGCGCCGAAAAUUGGAAAAUCCGCCUCCGGACACAAAACUUCCCAUGCCACGGGACUUAAACCAUUGGCAACCUCGGUCGGAUCUAAAUCUCGAUUCAGAGACGGGACUACAUAAUUGUGGAAAGGCUCUCAAGUGGCAAGCGCCCCUGACGCUGAAGCCCUGGGUCCUGCGAACACAAUCGCUAACGCUUUUGGGAACGCUGUGCCUUUUGAUGAUUGCGGCUAUCGUAUUCUGUGCCGUCUAUUCCAUGAGCCGUGACGGCUUAACGCCAUACGCCGGUUCGAUAUAUGGCGGUCAAUAUUUCCUUUUCCGAAUAUUGCCGCAGCUACUGGCAAUAAUUAUCCUAAUUUACGCACAAUGUGUCAUCACCGCGGCUUUCUGGGUCCUGCCAUUUGCGAAAAUGGCCGCGGAUAAUCGUAAUGAGCGACAAGAUGCUGUCUUUUUACCUCUAUAUCCUAAGUCGUUUCUCUGGCCCCAACUUGUUGGGAGCUGGAAUAUCUGGAUACCCAUAUUUAAUGUUUGGCUUUUGAAUUUUACCAUCCCGCUGCAAAGCAGUCUCUUCACUGUCAUCUUGGUGGACGGGACUUGGAAAUGGGCAACAGUACAAGGUGUGGCGUGGACGUUGGUGGCACUAUAUGUGUCUUUUCUGCUAGCGCUGGUUGUGAUGUUCGUAUUCUGGCAUCGGCGGAGAACAGGAAUGAUGCGACUCUGGGGUCUUCGAACUUUGGCAGACAUCAUUUUUCUCGUAUCCCAAAGCAAUUCGUUGCAUCGAUACCGCGGACUCGAGACAGCAACAACUAGACAAAGCAUGCGGCAGAAAUUAGACGGGUCUGCUGAAAGACUUGGAUUUUGGUUCUCCCCUGAAGCACCGAAAGUUGGAACGUGGUAUGGCAUCGGAGAAUCAACUGGCUCUGAGAAUUUAACGGAGAAAAUGGGCAAGCCGACAUGGGCCAACCAACAAGAAGCGUCCCUAGAAGCCGGCGACCAGCUCUCGGACCCGAGCAUUCGUUACCGCUACCUUCCGUGGUGCUUUCGGGAUGGCCAGAUCACUUUCUUCGCUGUCGCUUCUUCAAUUCUUCUGCUUGCUCUAAUCAUUGUCUCAUUCGUCCCUUCAACGGAUAUACGCAAAGGUUUCCUUCCUCAGUUGAGCCCUGCUCCUGAUGCAGGGGCAUUCUCGGCGGCCAACUUCCUCUACUCAUUUAUUCCUUCACUUCUCGGACUCAUAUUAUUCCUCAUGUUCCAGUCCAUGGACCUAACGCUAAGAAUAUUAACACCGUGGGGUGAACUUGCACGCCCGGAAGGCUCGCGAGCGGAGACUUCGCUUCUCUUGGACUACUCCACGAGUUUACCUCUAGAGUCGACUUACAAGGCGUUAAGGAACAAACAUUGGCGAGUAGCUGUUGUGUCUUUCCUAUCCGUAAUUUUUGCCCUUCUGCCAGUCUUGGCUGGUGGACUGUUCAUGGCCCUAACUCCUUCUUCCGGAGCGGCGCGCAUGUACCCUAAUGUUCCUGUUUUUGGCAUUAUUCUUGGUCUCCUAAUCCUGUACGUGGGCGGGAUCAUCUGCCUGGUGCCCAAGAGGAGCCAAUUCCGCCUCCCGCACGCCGUAACCUGCCUCGCUGAGAUCAUAAGUUUUUGCUACGAUGAGCAGCUCUGCACGGAUGAGGCGUUUGACUUGCAUUUAAUGCUAGAGUCCCACGACCUAGCUGGGAAGCUCGAUAUUGGCAAGGACUGGCACAGACAGGGCCGAUGGGCUUUUAACGCCGGUCGAAAUAACGACGAACGACUUGGCAUCAAGCGAUACAGCAAGUACACGGUCAACCCGAAGAAGCUUCGUGCUUAUGACAAAAGAGCGAGGGGCCAGCUUAUUUCAGCCCCUCUACCUCAUAAUAGCAGUUCGCUGUUCAACCACUAGGUUACCAACAGCUUUUUACACAUCACAUAAUUGAUAUCACAUUUGAUUUGUAUAUAUUCUUUCUUUUCAUUCACCUCUUGGCC